AUGAGUGGUCCUUACGCUGGCUACUCCCAGGACCGUCGCCCACAGAAGAAGAGGAAAGUCGAAGUGCCCCAUGCGCUUCUCGGUCCUGGUUGGGAACGGUAUGAUGCAACUGGCCUCGCACCACACUAUACGCAUGCAGGGCAGGUGCCUCAUCAUAUCCGCAAGUAUUUCGCGCAGCGACAACGAUAUUUUUCCCUAUACAACGAAGGUUGUCUUCUUGAUGAAGAAGGCUGGUAUAGUGUCACCCCUGAGCGGAUGUCGAUGUACGACCAUUCUAGAUGCUUUUGUGGGGUCGGAGGAAACGCUAUCGCUUUUGCUCAAACUUGUGAAAGAGUCAUCGCUGUUGAUAACUCUGCAGUUCGACUGGCUCUAGCACGGCACAACGCAGUGAUCUAUGGUGUUCAGGAUCGGAUAGAAUUCAUUCUGGCUGAUUUCCCCUCUUUUGUCAGAUCACUCCAAGUAGCACCAGCUACCGAGAAGGUCUCUGGAGGGCAACCGGACAGACCUCGUAACCGGCUCUCAACGCAAAUCGAUGUUGCAUUCUUAAGUCCACCAUGGGGAGGACCAUCGUAUAUUUCCUCUCCCUCCAAAUCACAAUCCGCUUCUUCCCCUCCCCACCCUGAGUUUACAAUGGACAUGACGGCACCCCUGCCUGGUGAUCAGCUCUUCUCCUUAGCAAGAAGCAUCACUCCUCAUGUAGCAUACUACCUUCCUCGGAACACCAAUCUUGAAGAAAUAGCCGGCCUCGUAGACCCAAAAGAAGAGAAAGUCGAAAUUGAGGAGGAAUGGAUGGGAUCAAAGUUAAAGGCACUCACGUUCUACUUCGGUGGGCUGGUGAACGGCCAAGAGCACCUAUGGAUAGAUUGA